UGCCAAUUGCUUGACACCAGUUUAUCCCGCCCGUAUCUGCAUAGCGAACAGGGAUUUCUCCAAAGCUUGUGUGGUCAUGUUUUAUUAAGUCCAGGCCGAUCUCAGCCAAGGAUAUGGGUCAGAAUGAUUCGGAAACCUUGGAUGAUCAACGAUUAAACAAUGGUACCUCCCACGAGCACCACCGACACCGAGACCACUAGGGCAGACGAGUUCACCGCCCGCCGCUUCGACUUCAUUGUCGUCGGGGGCGGCACGGCGGGCCUCGUCGUGGCAGCCCGCCUGGCCGAGAACAGCGCCCUUACCGUCGGCGUGCUGGAGGCCGGUGCUGCUGUCGGGGAGGAUGGCAAAGAUGACGAGGGCAACAUCCGUAUUCCAGGUUGUUUCGGGCAGACCCUGGGCGGAAGCCACGACUGGCAGUUCGAGACGGUGAGCCAGCCCGGCUUGGGCGGGCGGCAGCUCCCGUGGCCGCGCGGGAAGGUCCUCGGCGGGACCAGCGUCCUGAAUUUCAUGACGUGGAAUCGCGCCAGCCGGGAGGACUAUGACGCCUGGGAGGCGCUGGGAAAUCCCGGCUGGGGGUGGGACUCGCUCCUGCCCUGCUUUAAACAAUCGGAAACAUUCCACCCCCCUCCUCCCGAGAUUCGAGACCGAUACCCUGUUGCCUAUGACCCUUCCGCGUUUGGCGACUCGGGCCCCAUCCACAUCUCCCAUUGCCGAGAGUUCACGACCUCGCAUGGACUCUGGCACGCGACGCUGAACUCACUCGGCGUCGAGACCAACGAGGCCCACUUCGCCGGCUCCAACGUCGGCGUCUGGACAAAUGUCUGCUCCAUCAAUCCCGACACGGCCGUCCGCUCUUACGCCGUCGACUAUUGCCGUCGCCUGGAUGGCUCGUCGCCUACAAACCUCCACAUCCUGACGGGGGCAUCCGUCCAAGAGAUUGUCCUCACCAAGAAAGAUGAAGAAUGGGCUGCGACCGGCGUGCGGUUCAUCCACCGCGGCCGCGAGUUUGUUGCCUCGGUCUCCCGCGAGGUCAUCCUGUCCGCUGGGAGUGUUCAGUCGCCCCAGAUCCUGGAGCUCUCUGGCGUGGGCAGGCCUGACGUGCUGUCAGCGGCCGGGGUCCCCGUCAAGGUGAAGAGCCCCAACGUCGGCGACAACCUCCAGGACCACAUCAUGCUGGCCAUGAUCUUCGAGAUCGACCCGUCGAUCGCAAACCCCGACGACCUCAAGUGCGACGACGUUGCCGCUGCUUCGGCCCGCGAGCAGUAUUUGCAGCACCGCUCCGGCCCGCUGACCAUCCUGCCCUCUUCCAUGGUCUACCUGCCCCUCUCCCACUUCAUGCCCGGUGAUGCUCUCGCAACCAUCGCCUCGAAAGUGGGAGGCUUGACCUCCAUUCCCGCCGAACAAAGACACAUCAUGCAACGUCGCUUCGACAGCGACGCGAAGAAGCUCGGACAGGUCGAGUUCAUCUUCGAUCUGGGGAACUGGAGCCCAUACUUCCAGCCGAACCCCGCCGACGGCAAGAAAUACGGCACGAUGCUGCUGAUCCUACAGCACCCGUUCUCGAGGGGGUCAAUCCACAUCUGCCCGGCCAACAACUCCACCAACUCCUCAACUCCCUCCUCCUCCUCCUCCCCCCCAGGCCACCCGUCAAACCCCGAUGCCACGUCCCCCGAAAACCACCCCCUCAUCGACCCAGGCUACUACGCCGGCCCGCACGGCUCGCUCGACCUCGAGAUCAUGACGCACUGCGCGCGCUUCGCCGACCACAUCUGCCGCGCGAGCCCGCUCUCCUCCAUCAUCCGCGCCCGCGUCUUCCCCGCUCCGCCGACCACCACCAACACAGACGACGACGCGUCGCUUCGCGCCUGGGCCGUCGACACCACGGUGACGGACUGGCACCCGGUCGGAACCUGCGCCAUGGGCGACGUGGUCGACGAGCGGCUCCGGGUCCGCGGCGUCAGGGGCUUGCGGGUCGUCGACGCGAGCGUUAUUCCCCUGCAGAUCAGCGCGCACCUGCAGGCGACUGUGUAUGCCAUUGCCGAGAAGGGGGCGCGGAUGAUUGCCGAGGACUUGGCGGGUGGUUGAUGGGUGCAGUUUUCUUGUUGGGUCGAUGGUUUUUUUGCAAGGAAGGGCUGUCUAGUUACCCUAAAGCCAUUCUCAUCUGGUAUUGGUUGGCCGUGGGCUAUAAUCAAGGCGAUUAUGCUGUUACUCUGCAAUAGUGCCUCCCAUGGCUGUGACUGAUCUCGAGUCUCCGUAUUUUGUAGACUGCAUGUUUCUUGGUUUUCAUUUUGGAC